AUGGCUCCUACUAUUGUCUUCAUUGGCGGCGGCAACAUGUGCGAGGCUAUCCUGUCUGGCCUGCUCAAGAUUGGCCACCCGACUGCUAAUCGUGCCCAGUAUCUGCGCGAGAAGUACUCGAUUGACGUGUUUGAGAGCAACAACGACGCCAUCACCGGCUCUGUAGGCAAGAUCUCCACGUCCCCUGCCGACGUUGUCGUCCUGGCCGUGAAGCCGCAGGUUGUUGCCGGUCCGCUGGUCAUCUCGAUCGUGGCCGGUGUUGCUAUUGCCGACUUUAAGCGCUGGAUCCACAGCUCGGGUGACAGCAGCGCCCACGUGCCUCUGGUGCGCCUGAUGCCCAACACCCCGGCCCUGGUUGGCGAGGGCGCUGCCGGUAUGUUUGCCAACGAGGAUGUCAGUGCCGCGCAGAAGGAGCAGACCGAGUACGUGGUCAAGAACAUCGCCAAGGAGUACUUCUGGGUUGCCAGCGAGUCGGGUAUCGACGCUGUCUGCGCUGUCAGCGGCUCUGGUCCUGCCUACUUCUUCCUGGUCAUCGAGGCCAUGGAGAAGGCUGGCCAGGACCUGGGUCUGCCCGCUGAUGUGGCUAAGAGGCUGGCAGCCCAGACUGCGCUCGGUGCCGCCAAGAUGGUGCUGACCAGCGAGGACGACGUUGCCACGCUGCGCCGCAAGGUCACCUCGCCCAACGGCACCACCCACGCCGCCAUCGAGAAGAUGAAGGAGGAGCGUGUCCCCGAGGGCGUCGACCAGGGGAUGAAGGCGUGCUUUGCCCGUUGCUCGUCGCUGUCGGAGGAGUUUGGCAAGCUUUAA